AUGGCGUGCAUGUCGCGCGUGUGGCGGCGGGGCUCCGGGUUUGCCGCGCGGCUCCGGCAGCAGGACUGUGCGUGUAGCAGGUUGGCGGCUUUUUCAGUCCGGUACUACAGCACCAAGACGGCUCCUCACAUACCCGGCAUGGAGUACCAGGAUGCCAUCUGGACUCUGAACACGCUGCAGACCAACGCCAGCGCUCUGGAGCAGGUCCGAAGGGAGCGAGGCAACCCUCAGCUGCAGCUACAGGCCAUGAGAGGCUUCCUGGAGAGAGCCGGACUCAAAGUGGAGGAACUGGACCAUCUCAAUAUCAUUCAUGUGACUGGAACAAAGGGCAAGGGUUCAACGUGUGCCUUCACAGAGCAGAUUCUGAGGAGUUACGGCUUCCACACAGGAUUCUACAGUUCUCCACAUUUAGUCCAAGUCCGGGAGAGGAUUCGAAUCAACGGGCAGCCAAUCGGGAAAGAGCUCUUCACCAAAUACUUCUGGCAGGUUUAUGGACGGCUGGAUGAAACUAAGGAAGCUCACGGAGGAACAAUGCCAGCAUACUUCCGUUUCCUCACCAUCUUGGCCUUCCACGUCUUUCUCCAGGAGAAGGUGGAUUUAGCAGUGAUUGAAGUUGGGAUUGGUGGAGCAUACGACUGUACCAACAUUAUAAGGAGGCCGUGGGUGUGUGGCAUCUCCUCUCUGGGUAUAGACCACACGCAGAUUCUUGGAGACACCAUCGAAAAGAUCGCCUGGCAAAAAGGAGGCAUCUUUAAGACAGGGGUUCCCGCCUUCACCGUCAAACAGCCUGAAGAUGCAAUGGUAGUACUGAGGGACAGAGCCAAAGAGAUCAGUUGUCCUCUGCGUGUGUGUCCAGAGCUGGCCAGCUACCAGACAGACUGUGGACCUUUACAUCUGGGCCUAGCAGGGGAGCACCAGCGCUCUAAUGCAUCUCUGGCCCUCCAGCUCAGUCACACCUGGCUGCAGAGAAGAUGUCUACCAGAUAACAGCUUUCCCCCCAAUGCUGAUGAGAGCACAGCUGUACUUCCAGCAGCUUUAUUCAAGCCAUGCCCCAUCAUGGUGAAAGGGCUGGCAGACACAGAGUGGCCCGGCAGGAAUCAGACUCUGAAACACGGAGAGGUCACCUACUUCCUGGAUGGAGCUCACACCAUGCGCAGUAUGCAGGCCUGCGUACACUGGUUCAGAGAGAUCGCAGCACAGCAUGAGAGGAAUGCAAGUGGACCUGUGGCCAGAGUCUUACUGUUCAAUGCCACUGGAGAGAGAGACUCAGCAGCCAUGCUUAAACUACUAGUGCCGUGUCAUUUUGACUUUGCUGUGUUCUGCCCAAACAUCACUGACGCCAACACUUCCUGUAACGCAGACCAGAAGAACUACAACGUCUCAGUGGAGAACAUGGUGACCCGUUGCCUGGACAACGAGAGGAGCUGGCGUCUCCACCGCAGCUCGGGGGACGAUGACGACGGCACGCAGCUGCUCAUCAAGGACAGCCUGCCUCUGGUCUCCGAGAAGAAAGCGGACACUCUGGUCUUCCCCAGCAUCCUGUGCGCCCUCCAGUGGAUCACCCAGGGCAGGGAUCCGGUGCUGGCAGACCCGGACAAGAUGGUGUUAGCGGUGAAACCCAGCAUCGCUGCCAAAGCUGCUCCUCUGCGCGACGCGGCCGAGAUCCAUGUCCUCAUCACUGGAAGCCUCCACCUGGUGGGAGGAACGCUCAAACACCUCCACCCUGCAUCCUCCAAGUAGAAAGGACUGUGAAUUUAAGCAGGCGUUCUGCUUCUAAACACACUCUCCUCUUGUGGAAGGAAUGUAACGUGCCAGUAUAGAUGAGGUUUUUGUGCUAACUAGCUUGGGCAGUGGUAGUAGAUGUUUACCAGAGAGGGAUUAGCUACAAGCGCUUUCUGUCUGAUGUUAGGAGCCGGCUAGUCGGGGGCCGAGGAGGCACCAGCAGGACUCAUGAGGCCCCCCCCCCACCCAGCCUCACCCCAGAGCCUUACGGACGACCGCACAAACGUGCCCGAGCUCAUGCCUUUAGUCUUACUUGAAGCCAAAUGUGUUUACAUGAACUGCACAGGUGUAUAUUCAUGUACCAUCAUGUGAGCUGAACUGACUAAACUGCUAGUGUGUGUGUGUGUGUGUGU